AUGUCUACCGAAAAGUAUGCAGUCUACAAGACGAAGGGCAUGCCGUUUCGUCGCCUAGGUCCGACUGGGUUGAGAGUGCCGUUGUUCUCUCUUGGAGGAUGGCUUACAAUCGGAGGGAGUGUCGUCGGAGACCCAGUCAAGGAGAUCGUCAAAACUGCCUUUGAGAACGGUAUCAACAUGAUCGACACCGCGGAAGUCUAUUCUGCGGGUAAAUCGGAGGAAGAGAUUGGUCGCGUCAUCAAGGAACUUGGCCUUCGAAGGACCGACUUGAUCAUCAGCACGAAGAUAUUCUGGGGCAUUAGAGGUGGAAGGGAGUCAAGUCCGAAUGAUACUGGACUUAGCCGCAAGCAUAUUAUCGAGGGCACUCAGGAAUGUCUGGCUCGUCUCCAAAUGGACUACGUCGAUAUCAUCUUUGCCCAUCGUCCGGAUCCCACUGUGCCUAUGGAAGAAAUCGUCCGCACUUUCAACUACGUGAUUGAGAAAGGAUGGGCUUUCUAUUGGGGUACUUCGGAGUGGAGUGGAAGAGAAAUAGAGGAGGCUCACCACGUUGCGACCAAGCUUGGUUUGAUUGGACCAGUCGCAGAACAAUGCGAGCACAACAUGUUCCAUCGCGAGCGACCUGAGGCGGAGUACGCACCUCUUUACGAAAAAUAUGGUCUCGGGACUACUGUCUGGUCGGCUCUUGCCAGCGGUCUUCUGACUGGCAAGUAUAACGAUGGGAUACCACAAGGAUCGCGCUUCGCUAUUGAGCCGACGCUCAAGGCAACCGUUCAAAGUCUUCAAAAACCUGAAGGCCAGGAGAAGAUCCGAAAGGUUCGCGAGCUGUCAAAGCUGGCGAAGGAAGAAUUCAACACGACUCCAACAACUUUGGCUCUUGCAUGGGUGGCUAAGAAUCCCAGCACCUCAACUGUCAUUCUCGGAGCAUCGAAUCCCAAGCAGAUUCUGGACAACUUAGAAGCGCUCAAGGUCCUCCCGAAGCUGACUCCAGAAAUCAUGGAGAAGAUCGAGAAGAUUUUGGCGAACACGCCAAAGCAAGCUGUCGCGUUUGGAAGACCGAAGUUGAAUAAAUUGGCCAAGCUAUAG